AUGGAUAAGAGGAAGAAAGGACCCACUACUGAACUGAGGCUUAUGGUGGUCGGUAGCAGUGGACCUUCUCAGUUCCUACUAACCAAUGCCAUACUUGGGAGAGAGGAGUUUUCUAAGGAUAUCACCAGCAUUUCUGGCAGCAGGAAGAUUACCGGAGAGCUGGCUGGUAGACGAGUGGCUGUGAUCAAUGGACCAAACAUCUACGACAAAGAUAUAUCUCAAGCCAAGAGGAAGAUGGAGCUGAGAAGGUCUAAGUGCUUGUGUAUCCCUGGUCCCCAUGCCUUUCUUGUUGCCUUUGACUUGGAGAAAAUUUCCCCGAAUGACAUAAGAACUUCCAGACUGAUGAAGGAACGCUUUGGAAGGCACUGUCUGAGGCACUGCAUGGUCCUCCUGGUCUAUGAAGGAAAUCUGGAGGGAGCUGCCUUGGAAGACAAGGUGCAGAAGACUGACUGGCACCUGAGAGAACUUAUCGAGAAGUAUGGUGGACGCUUCCACAUAUUCAGCAAGAACUGGAGAGAUCGCAGCCGGGACAUGGAGCUGCUGCAGAAGAUAGAGUGGAUGCUGGCCUCGUUAGGGGGGGGCUACUUCUCUAGCAGAACUUUCCAGAAGGCUGAGGACUGUGUGAAGAAGGAGGAAAAGAGGCUCAGGAAGCAGAGGGCGGCAGAGAUAGAGAAGGCAUGGACUGACAUGGAGAAGCACUACAUAGCGGAGGAGUUGUAUCACCAGAAGGAUGCCUACACCAUCAAUGUUGGAGCUGAGCUCAGAGCCAAGGCGGAGAUGGACAACGGAUGGCUCAGAACUUCCCUGGCCAGAGGGCUGGGGAUGGGUUUUGUUGUGGGAGCUGUCAUGGGGGCACUGGUUGGGUGUAUAGAGGGGCCAGGAGGGAUGGUUCUUUAUGGGAUCAUAGGUGGUGCAGUUGGAGGAUCAGCAGGAGGAACAGCCCAAGUAGCUAUAAAACAUAUGGAAGAGAGAGUGGCUCCACCUGCCAGACUCAACUUUAAUUCAAUCUUUAUCAAUCGCUUCUUCACUGCUCCUCGACCAAGAAUGGCCUCUACCAUCGGCCUCCUCCCUGAGAAGCACUUUUUGUGCUCUCUGUGUAGGGACAUCUUCACCAGCCCAGUUACCAUACCCUGUGGACACAGCUUCUGCUUGUCCUGCCUCUGCCACUACUGGGCGCGACACCAGUCCAAAUACUGCCCCCACUGUAAGAGAGUGUUUACUGACAGGCCUGACCUCAGUGUCAACCGCAUUCUGGCAGAUGUCUCAGACAACUACAGGAAGACCCGACCACAGAAACCAUCCGAUGAGGAAAUGGUUAUAGAUGUUGAGCAAAUGAUUGAGGAAAGGCUGCAGAAGAUAGAAAGGUUGAAAUAUUCUCUCGAGGUUCAAAAGAGCUCUUACCUCAGAGAGGUACGAGAGAGCCAGAGGGUCUUCUCUGCCCUGGUAAAUGCCAUGGAGAAGAGUCACAAAGCAGUUGUCGUUGCAAUUGAGGAGAGACAGAGAGAUGAAGAGCAGAGAGUAGAGACGCUGGUGAAAGAGCUGGAACUGGAGAUCCAGGAGCUGAGCAAGGAGGCCACUGAAUCCGAUCCUCAGAUUCCUGUAAACGGUGAUCAAAGCGACGAUACAAAGCAAGCUACCUCGAAAAUCAUUUCCACUAUUUCCCUCUCUGACAUGAAGGAAUGGUCAAAGGUUACCGUAGAAACUGACCCUUGUGUUGGGGUCACCAGACGAGCACUGUCACACAUGAUGGAUAAGAUAAAAGAAGAAGUCAACAGGCUAUCCAAAUCUGAACUUAAGAGAACAGAGAAAUACACAGUGGAUGUCAAUCUGAGUGCUAAGACAGCCCAUCCCUUCCUCUCCAUCUCGGACAGCAGAAAACAGGUGAGACACACAGACAAGCUUCGGGAGGUACCAGAUCACCCCAAGCGGUUCGACCGUGUGGCAAACGUGCUGGCCAAAGAAAGCUUUGACAGUGGGAGGGUCUACUGGGAGGUGGAGGUCGGGGAGAAGAUUGAGUGGAGCCUGGGUGUCGUCAGACAGUCCAUAAACAGGAAGGGCAAGUUCACUGUCUGCCCUGCAAAUGGUUUCUGGACUUUAAGUCUGAAGGCUGGAGCGCAGUACGUUGCCAACACCUCUCCUGUCACCCAGCUGGCUCUAGAGCAGAGGCCCAGGAAGGUGGGUGUGUUUCUGGACCACACGGAGGGCCGUGUGUCCUUCUACUGCGCAGAAUCUGGAGUCCACAUUUACACCUUCACAGAUACCUUCACUGACAGGCUUCAUCCAUUCUUCAGUCCUGGUCGCCUGCACGGUGGCAAAAAUGCUGCUCCCCUUCUCAUCUGUUCCAGUUUUUGCAGCAUCUGAACAUCAAUCUCGAUACAAGAUUUAUAAAUCUCCUGUAUAAAACACAGUUGCUUUUCUUGUAAAUGUCUUUUCAAUAUCUAUUCAGUAUGAAAAAUAUAUUUAUUAAUUUAAAAAUCAAAAUGAAAAUCUACAAUGAACCACAUUUUCCCUGUCAGAACAGUGAACAAGAGGUUGCAUAAGGACUGACUCACUACCCUUGAAAACUUCAAUGAAACCCAUAAGCAGAUUGAAAGAGGGCAGAAGAAAAGAGAAGGCUCUCAUAAAUGAACAAGUGAGUCAAAGUCGAAAAAGAGGAGAAAAUGGGUUGCUGAGUUGGAUGGAUGUAAGGGGGUGCAGGGUUGGGACAGCGGUUGACGAAGGGGGGGGCCCAGCAAAACAGCAGGGCAUUGUGCUCGUACACCAGGCACUGGGAGACACACUCAAACACAUUCAC